AUGGAGGGCGGUAGCAUCGUGGCUAGUGGCGCAAGAGAGGAGGACCCCAUCAUUAUAGACGACGAUGACGACGAUGACGACAUUGGCGACAUUGGCGACGACAUUAACGACGGCAUGGACGAUCGCAUCGACGAUGUUGGCGACAGAUUUGAUGCGAAUCCGUCGCACGCCUUUCAAUCCGCAGGUCCUCACGGGUCUGCGGCGUUCAGUGCGAGGCCGUCGGAUCAGGCGGUCAAAUCAGCUGCGGGGAGCGGAAUCGGGAAUUUCGGAGGGACAGACGACGCGGAACGCAGGUCAGGAUGCCCAGAGAGAGGAAUGGGGAGCCAAGGAGGGGCAGACGCGGCCGUGCGCGGGUCAGGAGGCGCCCUGGUGGAGGAGGAGUGCGAGAGCGGGGACGAGGGAGAGGAGGAGAGGCGGGUUCGGAGGGCGAACGAGGUGUGGCGGAGGGUGACGUGGGCGUGGUGGCGUGACAACUUCUGGGUGCCAGGGGUGGACAAGCAGGAUCCCGUUACAAUUACAGUCCAGGAGGAUUUUCACGUGGAUUACUGCCUCAAGUGCAUCGGCCAUGGCCUCCUCAUGUCAGUCCCGCCUCACCUCUUCCCUCGCUUCGCCGUCGCCCUCGCCUUUGCUCUGUGCUGUGACGGGCCUGCGUGUACAAAGGCAUGCCACGUGGAGUGUGUGGAACCCAAGCUCUCCCACGCCCCCAAGGGGCCCUGGUACUGCCCUGACUGCCUCGAACGCCUCCGCACCUCCCGCCGCCCCUUCCCCUAUCCCCCCGUCUCCACUACUGCAACCGGCUGUGCAUAUGCUCCUGGAAGGGAAGGGUUGGCUGGAAGUUUCGGUGGUGGGGGUGGUGAGGCGAGUUUGGAAGACGAGGAUUGGGAUGUCGCCAGGGGGGUUAAUGAAGUGAACGGUGUGGGUGCCUCCGCUGCUGCAGCUGCUGCUGCUGCUCCUCCUCCUGUUGCUCAUAGCAGCCGCAGUGGCGGUGCUGGCAAGGCGGGGGGAGGAGGUGGCAGUCUCACAGCAGUUCGUGGUGGGGGUUCUAAGGCCUCUGGUGCUAGUAACAGGGCGUCUAAUGGCGAGGAUCCGGCGAAGUGGUUUGCUCUAGGCGAGGUGGUUGUGGAGUCGGUUUGGCUGGAUCGGGAGAAGGAGGAGGGGGGCGGUGGGGAGAUGGGGAUGGGAGGAGGCGGGAUGAGGGAGGGCAGUCUGGCAUGGCAGCAUGACGAGGAGAUGAGGAAAAUGAAGGCGGUGGGGGGAGAGGGAGAGGUGCGAGGGAGGAGGGGGGGGAAAGCAGUGGGGAAGGCAGGGGCGAGAGCAGGAAGGAAGGGGAAAGGGGGAGGGAAGUUGACACAGAGGGGUGGAGGCAGGCGAAAGGGGGGUAAAGGGUUGGUAUUGGAAGAAGGUGGGGUGGGGGCAAGACAGGACGAGGGGAUUGGUGGGGAUGGGUUGAAUGUGGCGCAUGGAGGGGGGGUGGAAGCUCUUGGCUGUUCUGUCAGGGAUGCAGGGGAACAGACUCAUGCGGCUGUAGCAGGGGCGUGUGUGGGGCCCAGUGGGGCGAGCGCGGAGGCAGGGCGUGGCAGGGGGAGGGAGUAUCUGGUGAAGUGGUUGAAGCGGCCUCACGUGCACAACGAGUGGGUGGAUGGCGAGUGGCUGCACUCGCGGUUCCCGGGCCACCUGGCGGCGUAUGAGACACUCAAGGCGGAGGGCGAGCUGCCUGUGUACCGCAGCGAGUGGGCGGAGCCGGAGCGGCUGCUGGGGCGGUUCAAGGUGGAGGGGCUGGCGCAUGGCAAGGGUGGCAGCAAGGGGCGCGGCAAAGGCCGGCUGAGACGCGUGGCAGACGAGUAUCAGUGGCUGCUGAAGUGGAGGGGCGUGGGGUACGAGCAUCUGACAUGGGAGCCCUGCAACAUGCCCUUCCUCUCCACGCCAUGUGGAAUGGUGCUGCAGGCGACGCACGAGAGGGAGAGGGAGGGGUGUGAGCGCAGAGCCACAGCACAGGCCAGGCUGGAGGCAAGAGCCAGACGCGCUGCUCCAUUCGCAUUAUCACAGCGUCACCAUCCGAACGGCAUCGCAGCCAUCCACCAGCCAAACGAGGCCCAGCACGCAGAGUCGGUCCACCUCACGUGGUUCCAGGUGGCGGCCCUGGAUUGGCUGAGAGCCCUAUGGCAGUGCGAUGGGGCCGCCCUUGACCGCGCGUUGAACGCUGUGUGGGGGUCCGUGGGGGAGAGCAGGCGCGGGCUGGGCUGUGACUUGCGAGCUGCUGGCGCCUGGCCUGCUGGUGGUGAUGCCGGGGCGGGAGCGGAGGCGGAGGGGUUAGAGGGAGAUAGAGGGGUGGACGAUGAGGUGGGAAGGCGUGCACUGCUGUGCAUGGACCCUGGCAUGGGCAGCUCCCGUGUGCUCGUGGCGUUUUGCCGCGCCCUCAUCACUCAGUUCAAGUGCGUGCGCCCCAUCCUCCCUGGCAGUGGUGCUGCUGACACGCCAGGGGCACCAGCGGAAUCAGGCAUCGUGGUCCAGCCGCAAGUGGUUGUCACCACAGCAGCGAUAUUCGUGCAUGAGGCAGGUCGCCUCUCCCAGGUGCAUUGGGAAGCUGUGCUCGUGGAAACCCCGCCACCAGGCAUCCACUUAAAUGUUGACACGUGGCAGUCCAUGAUUAGUUCUUUCCAGGCCGAUUCCCAGCAUGCUGAGGUGGCGCCGUGUCACCAGCCACCAUGUGCCCCUCCGCCCCUCGCUCUACAUGCACGCCUGCUCGUGUGUGCUUCUUCCAGAGGCUCAGAGCAGCGGAUUCAGGAGGAGGGUGGCCGGCAGAGUGAACAGCAGAGUGAGCAGCAGAGGCAUGGGAGUGCAGCGCGGGCAUGGGAGCGACUCUCUGUUGCUGCUGCUGCUGUUGUGACCGCAGAGGCAGCAGUGGAGGAAGCAAGGGCAGUGGGGGGCGGAAAUGAUACUGAUGAUGAUGACGAUGAUGAGGAUGAUGAUGAUAAUCAGGCUGCAGCAGCAAGGGCAGCAGCAGGCAGAGGAGGAGGGGAAGCCGCAGCAGUUGCAGCAGCAGCGGGGCGUGCAGCUGUUGCUGCUGCCGCGGUGUGGGCUGCAGCAGCCAUGUGGUCGGGAAGGGGGGUGGAGGAGGUGGAGGCGACGGAUGGGAGGAAGGAGGGAUGGGGCAGUGGUGGUGGUGAGCGUGGUGGUUCUGGCAGGGGCAGUAGUAAUGGUGGCAGGCAGUGGCAUGUGCUGGAUGUGGGGUUGAACCUGGGGCGAGGUGGGGAUGAGAGGGAGCGUGGUGAUGCUGGCGCAGGGAGAGAGUGGGAAGAGGAGGGGGCGGAAGGAAGGGAAUGGGUUGACAGGAGGGAUGGGUUGGAAACGGGGGAGCAGGUGGACAGGAGGAGGGAGUGGGGGGAAGGGAUGGAGGGUGGUGAGGGGGUUGGUGGGUCAUUUGUGGCGGCUUGGGGAGCAGAGCGAGAGGGGAGGGAGUGGGCUUUAAGAAGGACGUGGGCAGUGAGGGGGAGGGUGGUGAGGGAGAUCUGGUGGCCUGCCAGUCUCACUCCCCACCAGCGCGUGCUCUACAGGCCCCCUGCUCCUCCUGCCGCUUCUGCUACCGCUGCUGGAAAUGCCACUGCUGCUGCGGCUGCUGCUGCUGCUGCUGUUGAACCUGCUGCUGCCACUCCUGCACCUGCUCCUAUGCCUGCUUCUGCCGGUGAUACUGCAGCAGCAGGAGCAGCAGCAGGAGCAGCAGCAGCAGAGGAGGCAAGGCCUAGCAGCGCAGAUGGCACGCAGAGCAGUGGGAAGCUGCGGCUGCUGAGUACCAUGCUGCCAUGUCUCCAACGAAAAGGGAAGACCGUUCUGCUGCUGGCCCAUUCAGCGUCAACCCAACUGACUUUCCUGCUCGUUCUCUUCCAACUGUCGUGCAAUCCUACCCUGCAGAGUGCGCAAGUGAGGGAGGCGCUAGCCAGCAUGCUCGCUCAGCAGUGGGGCAGCAGUGGGAGUGCGUUCCUCCGCCUGCACUCGUCCGACUCCCCUGCUGCCUGCACCCACACGCUCGCCCGGUUGGUGAGAGGGGCUCCGGGCGAGCAGGGCUGGGGUGUGGUGCGGGGAGGACCAGCGGAGGUGCUGUUUGGCAGAGCAAGGGGCGUGCGUGGUGGGGGUGGGCGUGGGGGGGUGGGAGGUUCUGGGGGAGGAGUGUGUGGGAGAAGAGUGGGUGGGAGAGGAAUGGGUGGGGGAGGAGUGGGUGGAGGAGGAAUGAGGGGAAGAACAAUUGGUGGGGGAGCAGCGACUGGUGGCAGCAGGAGACAGUGGGGGGGCGUGAGGGGGCGGAACCGAGGGGCAGAGGAGCGGCGAGUGGGGAGAGAGGGCGGAGGAAGUAAUGGUGGGGGCAGAAGGAAUGGCAGAAGGGCAGUGGGGAUUAGGCUGAGUUGUGGCAGGGUGGUGGUUCGGGGGAGAAAUGGUGGAACGGUUAGGGAUAGGCGCGUUGAAAGGGAUAGGCGCAGGGGAAGGGACAGGCGCGGGGUAAGAGGCGGUGAAGAGAGGCGAUUUGGAAGUGGCGCAGGUGGGGUGAGUUGUGGUAGGGAUAGGCAGCACACCAGGAGUAGGCAGUAUGGCAGGGGUACGCAGCAAGCCAGGGGUAGGCCGCAGGGGAGGGGCAGGAGGGGCCAGAUGGUGGAGGAACGAGAGUGUGAAGGCGAGGAGAGUGGGGAGGUGGUGAGGGGGCAGGGACGGGGAGGGGAGAGCGAGGUGGGAGUGAGUGUGAAGCUGGAGCAGGUGGAGGAGGAGGUGGAAGAGGAGGUGGAGGAGGAGGUGGGGGUGGGGUUGGAAGAGGAGGGUCGAGAGGAGGUGGGGGUGGAGGUGAAAGGGGUGAAGGAAGAAGAGGUGGAGGAGGAGGAAUACUCGGUGGUACGAAUGCCGGUGUGGAUGGCGUGUGAGGUGGAGGAGGAUGGUGAAUCGGUGGAGGGUGGUGGUGAGUCGGUGGAGGGGGGUGGUGAGUCAAUGGAUGGGGGGGGUGGAUCGGGGAAGGGGCUAGUGAGGGGAGAGGGCAGUGGCGAGGCGCUGAGAAGAGUGAAAGAGGAGAAGAUGGACGAGGGGUUCGCGGGGGAGAGUAUGUGGGGGGUGCAGCACGAGGGCGAGGAGGAGGCUGCGGAAGAGGAUGAGGAGAGGGAGGAUGAGGAGGAAGGGCAAGAGAGGAAUGAGGGAACAGGGGUGGAAGCGCAAUGGCAGGCGCGAGUGGAGGGAGGGUGGGAGCAAGGGGCGUGUGGUGAAGGAGAGGAGGAAGAUGAGAAGGAGAGAGAGGAGGAACAAGCGCAGCAGGGAGAGCAGCAGGGAGGGCAGCAGGGAGAACAGCAGGGAGGGCAGCAGUGGGCAGGGGCAUGCAUGGAGCGUCCGUUUGUGGUGCUGGCGCCAGGUGCAGUGGUGUCAAUGGGCGUGGAUCUGGAUGCUAUAGACGUGGUGAUACUCGUGGAUGACUCCGCAACUCCUUCCUUGACCACUCAGCGCCUGCUCGCCUCCUUGCUCUUCCACCGAGACACCUGCCACGCUCCAAGCUCGCCCCCACGGCAAGAAGGCAGCAGCGUACCACAUCUCACCGUGCUGCGCCUCUACUGCCCCGCCACUGAGGAGCAGCGGCUGCUGGAAAGCGCCUGGCAUGGGGCAGAGAGAGGCUUUGCGAGGACUCAACAUUCUGAGUGGCGCCCGCUGCAGAGGGGCCUGGGGAGGACGGUGGGGGGAUUUGCGGGCGGGGUGGGAGGGACGAUAGGGGAGGAGAGAAGUGAGGAGCGAGAGGAGAGUAGGGGAGAGGUGAGAGGCGUAGGGGUGGAGGUAGGCGGAGGGGUCCGUGGAGAAGGGGAGGAGAUACAGUGGGAGGCGAGGAGAGGAGUGAAGAGGCGUGCUGGUGGGAGGGAGGGGGGUUGGGAGAGGGACGCGGAACACGGGGACGAGGAGGAGGAGGAGGAGGAGGAGGAGGAGGAGGAGGAGGAGGAGGAGGAGGAGGAGGAGGAGGAGGAGGAGGAGGAGGAGGAGGAGGAGGAGGAGGAGGAGGAGGAGGAGGAGGAGGAGGAGGAGGAGGAGGAGGAGCCAAGGAAGGGGAGGGAAGGCAAUCAGAGUGGCAAGAGGCGAAGGGUGGACGGCUGUGCUGGUUCUAUGGAGGAAGGAGAUGGGGAGGGACGGAGUGACGGUGUUGCGGGGAGAGGGGACGUGAGGCAGCAGGGAAGGGGGGGAGGGAGUGCUAAUGGGAAGGGAGUUGGCGAGGAGGAGGCAGGAGAGGGGCAUAGGAUUGAGUGCAGGGGGAAGGGAUGGGGCAGCGGGGAAGGUGACGCAGGCGUGAGGCAGCAGUUGAGGGAGAUUCUUUUAUUCUGGGCGGCGAACAAGCGGAGUGUGAAAGAAUGGGCGGGGAACAGUGCCCUGCAUUCUGAGCCCGUCACGUCUGGGUUUGUGAAGGAGGAGGGAGGGAAGAGGAGGGAAGAGGGGUUUGUGAAGGAGGAGGGAGGGAAGAGGAGGGAAGAGGAGAGGGACGUGAGGAAGAGGGGCAUGGGACGUUAG